AUGGCAUUCAACCCAAAAAACCUACAAUACAACAAACAAGAACCAGCCUUCCUCCGCAAACUGAAAGGGGAGUUUGGUGGUCUUGAUGGAAGACACAACGUCCAGAUCGCUCGACCAAAAAAGGACAGGUUGAAGACCGGCGAUGACGAUGAAGAUGAGCCGGUGAUCGUUGAUGAGCAAGGUGAAAGGAUUGAAAAGGCCGAGUUUGAGCGGCGGGUCAAUGGCGAGGGCGAGGACGAGGGUUACACGCCAGCCACGACAGAAGAUCCCAAAGUCUCGGAGCUGGGAGCCGAGCAAGGCACAAAGCAAUCUGAGCGGCAGAGAGUCGCCGAAAUCGGCUCUUCGGCGACAGCAAAGAAGAGGAAGCUUGGGAAAUUUGUUGGUGGAGAGGGCGAGAAUCAACCAAGUGAAAGCGACAAAGACGACAAGCAGAGACGCUUAGCAAAGGGGCAAACCGAUGAAGUCCAUCCAGCCCAGAAAGCUGCCACCGCGCCAAAGAAAAAAGGGAAGAAGAUUAAGUUGUCCUUUGACGAGCCUGAAUCAUGA